AAUCAUCUCGGGAUGAACGAGUGAUGAAUUUCCGGCCACUGGUGGUCCAUUUAAAAAUCAUUGCUUCCUCCCUCGCCCUGCGAGUCUAUAUUGGUCAGACGUCAUGGAACGUCAUCAGAAGUGUCCACUUAAUUUGAGGGCUGAGGGAAUAGGGCGUGUCUUUUAAGUGUUUGGACCGUAAACGUAGAACAAAAAAAGAUGGCGCUGCCCAUGUUAAGAGGUUGCAACUGUAGCAGACUGCCUUCAGUACUGAGUCGUUUCUUGAAACCCGAGCACGUUGUGCUUCCCCGGCCCAUCAAGACCACCCGCCUGGCUACUACUUUGUCCUUUGGUGUUGUGUCCACCGUCCGAACUUAUUGCUCUGGUCGAGGUGGAGGUAAACAAAACCAGAAGGUGGUCGUGCUCGGCAUCCCCAACCCUUUAAUAUGGUUCCGAACCCGAUUAUACUACUUUUUGAUUCGGGUUUAUUUAGACAAGGAAUUCAAGAUCGAAGAUUUCACAGAGGGGUCGAAACAGGCAUUCUCCCAUGUUUCAAGACUGUUGUCAGGGAGUCAAUUUGAGGCACUUGAAGGGCUGGUUGCUAAAGACCUAAUUGCAAAACUGGAAGAGAAAUGUGCUCUGCUCCCACCAAGUCACCUGCAAGCGCUUUCUGCAGAUCCGGAAGACUUGGUGUACACAACACCAGGGGAUGUUGGCAUUUAUGAUGAUGAUGAUGGGCGGAAGUUUGUCAGUAUUCUGAUGAGAUACUGGUAUCUGACAAGUGCCCGGUUGCCUGAGGAAUCAUUGGAGGGAACACGUAUCUUUCAGGUGGCCAUAGGUGGUGAGGGUGAGCCGGAGACAAAGAGACUGCUCACAGCCAACUAUGAAUUCCAAAGGGAGUUUACUAAGGGGGUGUUCCCAGACUGGACCAUCACCAGGAUAGAGCACUCAAAGCUGCUGGAUUAAACGGAGAUUGUAGGGGAGAUGGAGAGUGGUAGAGAAGCAGGAAACGGAAGACCAUCCUUCCUGCUCAACCUAUGAGAAUAUCCCCCCCACCUGCUAAAAUCUUGAUGCCCCUCAGGAGCAAAACGACUCUCAAAGCCAAGACCAGGAGAGACAUGGGGAAUAUUUGAGGCCAACUUUCUAUCUGCCAGAAGUCACAUACUAUCCGCUGUAGAAAAGGUACAAAAGUCAAACAUGUCUGUUCGUAGAUUACUACUGUUCAAACAUCCAUGCAAGACCAGUUUUUCCCACUUGUCUCAGGCAGCACCGCAAUCUGUGGUCCAAACUAGGCUUUUUUUUGUCAGCUCUACUUUAGAGCCUGAGAUUCUUCCUUCUGUUCAAUGGGGAGGGUAGACAGAAAUUGUGAGGGGGAAAAAGCAGUAUAGGGGUCUGUAUUGAGAUUCUGUAGUCAGUCUUGGAUGUGCUUCUGUCCAAGCUUUUGGUAGAGCGUGCACACAGACUAAAGAAAAUGUCACACUUUGAUACAGAUAUGAACAAAUGUUUAAAACAUUCCCUGAGCAAACUUACUCUAACCUAUUUGUACUCUAACAAUCAAGUUAUUUAGUGGAAAAAAUAACUGUGCUGUAUCUGUUUCUUGAUGUGCUUUAUCUCCAGAAUAGUCCCAUCAGCUGAAAAAGUAGUGAUUGCUAAUUACUGUUGGCGACAAGUAUUGGUGUUCUUUCUUUGUGGGUACUCUCCAAAUCAAAUUUUAUCCUGUGCACACAUGAUUAGUAGUGCUGCGAUAGUGAGACAACAAACACAAAUUAAAAGAAAAUGGAUCACUCUGCCCAUUGUGCAAUUGUGUUUGGCAGCUUUCAGCAGCAGAACUCUCUGACUGUCACACGUUGUUCUCCUAAACAUUUGAGUGAAGUUGAAAUGUAUAGAUUAAAUUGUGCCCCCCCCCCCAAAAAAAGAGAAAAUACAGGUUUUAUAUAUUCCCUAUCUCUCAUUUACAUUUACAUUUACAUUUAAGUCAUUUAGCAGACGCUCUUAUCCAGAGCGACUUACAAAUUGGUGCAUUCACCUUAUGAUAUCCAGUGGAACAACCACUUUACAAUAGUGCAUCUAACUCUUUUAAGGGGGGGGGGGGGGGUUAGAAGGAUUACUUUAUCCUAUCCUAGGUAUUCCUUAAAGAGGUGGGGUUUCAGGUGUCUCCGGAAGGUGGUGAUUGACUCCGCUGACCUGGCGUCGUAAGGGAGUUUGUUCCACCAUUGGGGUGCCAGAGCAGCGAACAGUUUUGACUGGGCUGAGCGGGAACUGUACUUCCUCAGAGGUAGGGAGGCGAGCAGGCCAGAGGUGGAUGAACGCAGUACCCUUGUUUGGGUGUAGGGCCUGAUCAGAGCCUGAAGGUACGGAGGUGCCGUUCCCCUCACAGCUCCGUAGGCAAACACCAUGGUCUUGUAGCGGAUGCGAGCUUCAACUGGAAGCCAGUGGAGAGAGCGGAGGAGCGGGGUGACGUGAGAGAACUUGGGAAAGUUGAACACCAGACGGGCUGCGGCGUUCUGGAUGAGUUGUAGGGGUUUAAUGGCACAGGCAGGGAGCCCAGCCAACAGCGAGUUGCAGUAAUCCAGACGGGAGAUGACAAGUGCCUGGAUUAGGACCUGCGCCGCUUCCUGCGUGAGGCAGGGUCGUACUCUGCGAAUGUUGUAGAGCAUGAACCUACAGGAACGGGUCACCGCCUUGAUGUUAGUUGAGAACGACAAGGUGUUGUCCAGGAUCACGCCAAGGUUCUUAGCACUCUGGGAGGAGGACACAAUGGAGUUGUCAACCGUGAUGGCGAGAUCAUGGAACGGGCAGUCCUUCCCCGGGAGGAAGAGCAGCUCCGUCUUGCCGAGGUUCAGCUUGAGGUGGUGAUCCGUCAUCCACACUGAUAUGUCUGCCAGACAUGCAGAGAUGCGAUUCACCACCUGGUUAUCAGAGGGGGGAAAGGAGAAGAUUAAUUGUGUGUCGUCUGCAUAGCAAUGAUAGGAGAGACCAUGUGAGGAUAUGACAGAGCCAAGUGACUUGGUGUAUAGCGAGAAUAGGAGAGGGCCUAGAACAGAGCCCUGGGGGACACCAGUGGUGAGAGCACGUGGUGCGGAGACAGAUUCUCGCCACGCCACCUGGUAGGAACGACCUGUCAGGUAGGACGCAAUCCAAGCGUGGGCCGCGCCGGAGAUGCCCAGCUCGGAGAGGGUGGAGAGGAGGAUCUGAUGGUUCACAGUAUCAAAGGCAGCCGAUAGGUCUAGAAGGAUGAGAGCAGAGGAGAGAGAGUUAGCUUUAGCAGUGCGGAGCGCCUCCGUGACACAGAGAAGAGCAGUCUCAGUUGAAUGACUAGUCUUGAAACCUGACUGAUUUGGAUCAAGAAGGUCAUUCUGAGAGCGAUAGCAGGAGAGCUGGCCAAGGACGGCACGUUCAAGAGUUUUGGAGAGAAAAGAAAGAAGGGAUACUGGUCUGUAGUUGUUGACAUCGGAGGGAUCGAGUGUAGGUUUUUUCAGAAGGGGUGCAACUCUCGCUCUCUUGAAGACGGAAGGGACGUAGCCAGCGGUCAAGGAUGAGUUGAUGAGCGAGGUGAGGUAAGGGAGAAGGUCUCCGGAAAUGGUCUGGAGAAGAGAGGAGGGGAUAGGGUCAAGCAGGCAGGUUGUUGGGCGGCCGGCCGUCACAAGACGCGAGAUUUCAUCUGGAGAGAGAGGCGAGAAAGAGGUCAAAGCACAGGGUAGGGCAGUGUGAGCAGAACCAGCGGUGUCGUUUGACUUAGCAAACGAGGAUCGGAUGUCGUCGACCUUCUUUUCAAAAUGGUUGACGAAGUCAUCAGCAGAGAGGGAGGAGGGGGGAGGAGGGGGAGGAGGAUUCAGGAGGGAGGAGAAGGUGGCAAAGAGCUUCCUAGGGUUAGAGGCAGAUGCUUGGAAUUUAGAGUGGUAGAAAUUGGCUUUAGCAGCAGAGACAGAAGAGGAGAAUGUAGAGAGGAUGGAGUGAAAGGAUGCCAGGUCCGCAGGGAGGCGAGUUUUCCUCCAUUUCCGCUCGGCUGCCCGGAGCCCUGUUCUCUCAAAAGUUUUAGAUCCCACACCACAUUUCCCCAACAGCUACCCCUCAACCAUCUGAGGAAAAAUAAAAUGAAGCCAAAGGAAAACAAGAAUGCAAAAAACUAAAGACAUCAAGGACAAUAACAAUCAUAACAGCAAGGCCAACUGAAUAUGUUUGAGUGCAUGUAUGGCGCUAUCUACGUGUGUGUAUGUGUGUGCAUUUGAAUGAGAGUGUGUGUAUAUGCAUGUGCACACACACUUCUGUCCGGCAUCACUCUCAGGCAAACGGGCAUUAGCUGUAACAACACUCAGUUUCAUUCAUACGUACUUUUUGUUUUAUUUUAACUUAAUUUUUUUACUUUUCUUUGACCAUCGUUCUAUGCUCCGCCUAGCAACUCCACUCCCACUUGUCUCCAAUUCCACAUCCUAACCCUCAGCCCUUAUUUGAGUUGUUCUUGCUAUAAUAUAGACGUGGUCUUUUACCAAAUUGGGCUAUCUUCUACCUACCUUGUCACAACACAACUGAUUGGCUCAAAUGCAUUAAUAAUUCCACAAAUGAACUUUUAAGAAGUGACUACCUCAGGAAGCUGGUUGAGAGAAUCUCAAGAGUGCAAACCUGUCAGCCACCCUUUGUCUUGAUAUUUGAAGAAUCUCAAAUAGGUUUUUACUUGUUUAAAACUUUUUUGGUUACUACAUGAUUCCAUGUGUUAUUUCAUAGAUUUGAUGUCUUCACUAUUAUUCUACAAUGUAGAAAAUUACUAAUAAAGAAAAACCCUUGAAUGAGUUGGUUCUAGAACGUUUGACCGGUAGUAUGUGUAUAUGUGUGUGUAUAUAUAUCAAGAACAUGUGGUUUACAUAUGCUUCAAACUUUGGAUAAAUGGAUGCAAAUAGUGCCUUAACAUGCAAACAUACUAGUAAUGUUGGAGUUAGUGAUGUCAUGUAUAGAGAGGGUACUCACUUUUGAGACUGAGAGUCAAGUGCCUGCAUGGACUGAACAGUACACUCUACUUCUGUCACAAAAGCAUCCACUAAUCUAAAACCAGAGUGUUCCAGUAAGCUGCUUGUAGAGCAGUUGACCGAUAGCAGAGCUUCACUCACUGCCUUCCUUUGUCUGGAAAGAUGUGUUUCUUAAGAACUUGAAGACUGACUUAUGUUGGUGGUGCUGUCAAGCUGACAAAAUUGACGUGAGUUCACUGAGACUUUGGCUGUGUCUUAUUGCCUACUACUUACAAAAAAAGCAAUACUAUGUACUAACCAUAAUACAUACCAUUUCUAGAUUAAACUACAGUUGAGUUGUUUGGAAGGAACACACAACACUAUGGAGAAAAAAAUCUAAACCUCAUCCCAACUGUAAAGUAUGGUGGAGGGAGAAUCAGGAUUUGGGACUACUUUGCUGCCUCAGGGUUUGGGCAGCUUGCAUCAUUGAUGGAAAAAUGAAUUCCCAAGUUUAUCAAGACAUUUUGCAGGAGAAUGUUAUGCUAUCUGUCCGCUAAUUGAAGCUCUACAGAAGUUGGGUGACGCAACAGGACAACGACCCAAAACACAGAAGUAAAUCAACAACAGACUGGCUUCAACAGAAGAAAAUACGCCUUCUGGAGUGGCCCAGUCAGAGUCCUGACCUCAACCCGAUUGAGUUGCUGUGGCAUGACGUUGAGAGCAGUUCACACCAGACAUCCCAAGAAUAUUGCUGAACUGAAACAGUUUUGUAAAGAGGAAUGGUCCAAAAUUCCUCCUGACCGUUGUGCAGGUCUGAUCCGCAACUACAGAAAACAUUUGGUUGAGGUUAUUGCUGCCAAAGGAGGGUCAACCAGUUAUUAAAUCCAUGGGUUCACAUACUUUUCCCACAUACUUUUUUUACACAGUGUGUUCAAUAAAGACAUGAAAACAUA